AUGUGCGAGCCCACGACCACUCCUCCUAUCGACCAAGCCGCCUGCGCAGUGGGAGACGGUCAUAACCUCUACACAUACUACGACAUCCUGCAAAUCCCUCCCAGUACCGAAUGGAACCUUCACUACGUUGAUGAGCUCAAGAGAGCCUAUCGUCGUGCCUUGCUCGUUCAUCACCCAGAUAAAAUCCCCAACACGGUCGAGUCUGUAGACAAAUCGAACGGCAAUAACAAACCCCAAGCACCAUCAUUGUCAACACAGCCACCAAAUUACUCGAUCGACGAGAUCACCACCGCCUAUAAAGUUCUGUCAAACGCGAACAAAAGAGCCGCUUAUGAUGAGGCCCUGAGGCGCAAUGAGACAGACCAGCGAGGCCAAAGUGGAACACACAUCGGGGUAGAGGUGUUCGAUCUGGAAGAUAUGGCAUAUGAUGAUGACAAGGAGAUCUGGUCGAGAUCAUGCCGAUGUGGUGAUGAGCGUGGGUACAUGGUGGCGGUGGACGAUCUUGAGAAAGAGAGUCAACAUGGAGAGAUCUUUGUUGGAUGCCUUGGGUGCAGCCUCUUCAUCAAGGUCAUGUUUGCCGUGGAGGGAGAUUGA